AUGUGUCCUACGUCCCCAAAAGACCGAUCGGUAGAGCUCGAGGAAGUUGAGCAAUGGGUUGGCCGCUUUAACGACCUGAAGUCGGCAUUCCGCAGGGAGGAAGAGGCGGCACGUCGCGAGUUUGAGAAUCAAAUUCGGGUUUUUAAACAGCAAUUCGAAUCGGAUGUACAGAAUCGGAAGCAGGAAUACGCCGCUGCGCUACACACUCAUCUGCGAAACUUGCCCUACAACCUGGACACCUCCGAACCGCCAAAGACGCGCUCUAAUCCAUCCCACCGCGCCACCCAAAUGCCAAAUGAUGCCGCAGACGAGAUAUCAGAGCGGCAGAGCAUUGACGUCCUAUCACCGCCAACACGUCGUGGCUCGAUGACAUCUUCCGUUCGACAGGCUACAUCUAGCAAGCGCCAGCGAUCACAAUCCUGCGCCGGAGCCGAGCGAAACCACCAGGCCUCGGGUGACACCCCACCGAAACGACUCAAAGGCGAGGAGACAAUCACGUUCGAAGAAGUCUAUAAAGGUUUCGACGGUCAUCCUCGUUACAUGAUCUUUCCAUUCCCCAAAGACGCCGACAAGUGGUAUAUCCUUCGGUGCAAAGAGCAUGACAUGGACUUCGGGCUCAAGCCUGUCUUGAGUGCUUCCAGGCAUCUCUGCAACCCGGAUCACGCCACGAAGUCCAGGGGUAUCGAAGUAGUCAUCAGCCUUUUUGGGCUUCGCGUACUCGAUUGCGACAAGGGAAAGGCAGAGAAGAACAAUGCCGCUGGAGGCCCACAAAAACGUGAAGACUUCGGCACCAAGUCGUAA